AUGUGGUCCAACCAAGCAUUGAUCAGCAAGCUUCUUAUCGUCACUGCCACCUUCCUGUCAACAGUUGUAGCACAAUUCGGGUUAGGUGGAAUCCCACUUCAACCAGCAUCACCUCCGGUUUUGACUGCAAACAAGACAGGGCCCUACAAUGUUGGAGUUCGCCAAGACUCAUACAUGUCCCAAAGCCGUAACCUCACACGUUACUGGUGGUAUCCCGCACAGGCUGUAAACGACUCGACCCCAUUCGUAUCAGCCGGUGGUAUCCAGGGGGAAUCUGUUCUAAAUGCACCUGUGGACUCAUCUGGAGGACCUUACCCUUUGAUUCUGUUCAGUCCGGGUCUCGGUGCAUACGCAGAUGCGUACUACUUCUACGUGCAAAACCUUGCAAGCCACGGCUAUGUUGUUGUUAGUCUGGAACACUACGACACGAAAUCGGCUCUUCCGACAAGUGAUUUGCCACUGAGGGCUUUGGCUGAGGUAUAUCAGUCAGAAGAUCAGGGGAGUGAUGCAGUGGAGGUUACGUACACGGAGUGGUUCCGAAGCACUCAAUUCGCCCUCACUUACAGGGCCCAAGAGAUCAAAGCUGGACUUCUUACUGCACUUCUCCAUAUCUCUCGAUCUUCAUCACCCUUCUUCGGAGCCGUCGAUAUAACCAACAUUGGCAUGUCCGGACACUCUCUGGGCGCUUUUUAUACUCUGUUAGUUGGUGGUGGCAUGCCAAUCUUUUGCGACUACAAUAUGACAGCUGCAGAACUAGACCCUGAUACAUACAACAUCACCGAAAUCAGCCCUUGCGCCUUUCCUGCACGUCACAAUCUCUCAGGUCCCUUUGAGCUCGAGAAUGCUACAAUCAAAGCCAUCAUCCCGCUCGCGGCACCAAUGUUCAUACAGGAAUCCCAACUCGCCAGAGCUGCAAGCAAGAUGCACGUUCCAAUGAUGGUAUUAACAGGUGAUGACUUGCAAGAAGAAUCGACGAGGACCCCACAACGGACAGUGUAUGAGAAUUCGAAAGGGGAAAGCUAUUGGGUCAUGGUCACAAACACUUCACAUUAUCUGGUUGGUGAUGCGUAUCAGCUGAACCCCACCUUUUCUCUUAGUCUGCCGGCCAAAGACAGGGCGGAAUUUCUAGGUAAAGCGGAGGUGUAUAUGACAUACUCGGCAGCAUUCUUUGAUCUGUACUUGAAGGGGAAUAAGUCAGCCAAAUUGACGAUGAAAGGUGGCAUAAGUUCGCCAUACCUGGCAGAGUUUGACUACCACACCUCGAAAAUAUCGAAGAAGGUUCCUCAAUAG